AUGACUUCUCAAGACAAAAAUGUUAAUUUUUGGGAACAAAAAAUUCUUGCGGAUUAUACGAACAACAUUGAACUCGAAUAUAAUGAUCCUGAUAAAGAUUAUGCUUGGCUUGAUAGUGACAAUUAUAGCUUUGUAACUGAUAAUAUAAGCGAAGUUCCAUCAACACCAUCUACAAUCAAAAGCGAAGUUCCAUCAACACCUACAGAUAAAAUCGAAGUUCCGUCAACAUCAUCUACAAAUAAUAGCGAUAAUGGUCAUGAAUUCACGUUUGAUUAUGCAGCUUUGCAAAAUGCUAAAAUGAUUAUCAACACUUCAGAAAAUAUUACCGAAGAUGAAAUAACAUGGGAGGAUAUAAAUUCAACAGAAAAUAAUUCUAACUUGACAUCUAAUUCUGAUAUAUGUGAGAAUGAUUACAUUAUAAAAGAGAUAUUUUGCGAAAAUCUUGUUCCUUGUGCAAUAAUAGAUAUCUUUAAUGGAGAAUUAAAACGAUGUCCAAAUUACGAAAAGCCAGGACACAUGCUUCAAACCAAAAAACGUCGAUAUCUAACUAAUUCAGAACAAGAAAUUUUUAUUAGGUUGAAACAAUUAGAUGAUUUAUCUAAAGAGAAAAUGGAAGAAGUGUUAAUCGAAAUUUGCACCUUACCUGAUACUAAACCCGAGGACUGGGAU